UGUGUGUGAGGCAGAUCAGUGCAGUGUUUAUUAGUACAGUACUGUAUUUUACUGUAUCUGUGUGUAAUAAUAUUGUAUAUUGUUCAGUGAGCAGAGCUGUAGGGAUAAUAUGAGGCUGAUCUGCAGGAUUUAGACUGGUUUUAUCUUUAGAAAUACCUGUUUUUGGACAGUUUGGACACAUGGGGACAUGUGCUGGAGGUCUGGGGGUCUGCGGGGGUCUUCUGACAGCGGUCUGAAGCUGAAGUCAUCUUUAACAUGACUAAUAUGAGCUGUUUGGAGCGUCGUCUGAGACGCACGGCUCCGUCUCGGGGGGUUAGCCGGAGUGAACUGGUCACCGCUCCGAUUCACUCCAGAGUGAACGGCUGGUCACUCCCUCUGCACGUCCUCCAGCUGCUGGCCUGGAUGAUGUACAGCUUCAUGGCCAUCGUGGGCUUCGGGGUGUUUAUCCCACUGCUGCCGUCACCGUGGAACUACAUCGCAUACGGGGUGAUUGGCUCAGCGUUCGUCCUGCACCUGCUGACUCACCUGGGGGCGGUGACCGUGGACCCGGCCGACUAUAACGUCCGCGUGAGGAAGGAUUACUCCAGCCCCAUGCCUGUGUUUGAUAAGAAGAAGCAGCCGCACGUCAUCCACAACCAGCACUGCUACCUGUGUGAGGUGGAUGUGGGGUCUAAAGUAAAGCACUGCAGCAGCUGCAACAAGUGCAUCUCUGACUUCGACCAUCACUGCAAAUGGCUCAACAACUGUGUAGGAGGAAGAAACUACUGGUUGUUUUUCAUGGCGGUUUUCUCCGCUGUGUUUGGGGUGCUGCUCCUGUCUGUGGUCAUCCUGUUCUUCUUCAUACAACACUUUGUGAACCCGUCCAGUCUGCGUACGGCAGCAGCUUUUCAGAGUGUGAAGGGGAAUGGGACGUGGUUUGCCUUCCUGCCCCUGGCUCCAGUCCAGACCAGUUCCACCAGUCUACUGGUGUUAGCCUUCAUCACCAUCAUCAUCACUCUGUCCUCACUCUUAAUGCUGUGCCACCUGCUGGUCUUCCAUAUAUACCUGUUAUGUAAAGGUAUAAGCACAUAUGAAUACGUAGUGAAGCAGCGUCAGUCGCAGAACUCCAGAGAUCAGGGGGGCGGAGCUACACAGUCGACUCAGGCCAAUCCGGCUGCAGAACAGAGUCCGGGGCCUGUAGACAUGCCGAUAGACUGUGAUGCUCCUCUGUCCAGCAGAUCCAGUAUAUUUAAAUACCAGAGCCGGGGGCAGACGUCCAGCAGACUGUCAGGAACCAUCUGCUCUGAGAUGGAGCAUUUUCCUCAGACAGCUGAUGGAGAAAAUCCCCCAAACUACGGCUCUAAAUCAUCUGCUCAGAUCAUACCAGGUGAGGCUCCAGUGAGCUGGGGUUCGAGUCGUGUUGAAACCCCUCAGGUUCAGCAGAGCAGCACCGGUCAGCACAGUGAGGCCGAGGGACGUCCUGAUGUUCAGAGUCCUCUAGGAACCUCUAUCGUAGACACAACCGCCGUCCACCAGCACUCAUACACUGACCCCCAGCACCGCCCCCAGAAUACAGCCUGACUGCUGGACCAAUCAGCUCCUGAGGAUACAUUCACAUUACUGUUACAGAUCAGCUGAACUUCUGUAGAUCAGACACACAGGAUCACAGACUCCGAGAGUUCAGCUCCACUCACACUUUAAAACGUUUAAGAAGGGACUAAAGACGGUUCCUUGAGGGACGCCGUAGAAGAACCAUGUGUGUAAAGGAGACGCGUGGACUGAAACUUUUUAAAAUGAGUUUUAUUGUGAAUGACUGAUUUUGUGUUUUUAUUAAAAAACAGAACUGA